GCUUCACCGUCUUCGCCGGCGUCCUCUUCCCUGAGGGCGAAGGCGCCCAGAAGCUCGCCCGAGGCGCCUCAAAGCGGCUGAAGCUGCUCAAAAUGGACGUCACAAAGGCGGACGAAGUGGAGGCGGCUAUUUCGGCAGUGCGCGCCUCCGGCCUGCCGCUGUGGGCGGUGGUAAACAACGCCGGCAUCGGCUUUGGCGCCUUCUUCGACUGGGGCGAGGACGUCGAGGUGUACCGGAAGCUGUUUGAGGUGAACAUCUUCGGGGUGAUCCGGGUGACGAAGGCGGCCAUGCCGCUGCUUCGCCAAUCGAGCGGUCGAAUCGUCAAUGUGGCCAGCUUGGCGGGCCGCAUCAGUGCUCCCACAAUGGUCCACUACAACAUGGCGAAGCACUCAGUUCGAGUCUUCAGCGACACCAUUCGACGGGAGUUUGCGCUGACGGGCGACGCCAUCAAGGUGGUGACCAUCGAGCCGACCUUCUACCGAACGGAGAUCGUCAACGCCGAGUCGAUGAAGCGGUUCCGCGUGAACGCCUACAACAGCUCGCCGGAGGAAAUUAAGAAGGUCUACUCGGCCGUGGCGCCGGACCGGUGGUUCGACAAGGCGCAGGUGGUCAUUGACACUGUCUCGCGGACCGACCUGAGCGAGGUGACCGAGGCAAUGGAAAAUGCGGUGACGCUGGAGCACCCGAAGCUCUUCUACCGCUGUGGCGGCUACCACGACGUGAUCAUCUGGGCGCUCUCCCAUCUGCCGGAGAUCAUCUUUGACUACUUUAUCAACAACCGCUUCGGGCAUGCGGUGUUGAGCGUCUAUGUGAAG